GGCUGUCUGACACGGUGAUCUUUUGCUCUCUAAARCUAAGCUAGCGCGCACCCUUCUAUUGUAUUGUUAUUCAAAAUCAGAAAACUGGAAUUAUUUAGAAAUGCUAAGUUUAUGCGUUUCUUAUGUAGAGGUUUGGAUUUAAAUUUUUUAAGAUAUAUUCGACAACAUUGAAGAUGUCUAUCUAGUCGAACACCUCCUACAAGAUAAUGGACUAUCCAAAGCCGUUAAAGCUAAUACAAGAUGGAAAUAUAGACGAGUUUGUAGAGUUGAUCAAUACCAGUGCUGAUCCAAGAUGUAUUAUUAACGUAAAACACGAAAGAUCGGGAGAUAAUGCGGCUAUUGUUGGUGCGAGACAUGGCCGACUCCAAGUAUUGGAAAUAUUACAUAGGAAUGGAAUGGACUUUGAAUUGUGGAAUUGUGAUGGUAAAAGAGCGAUACAUGAAGCUGCCUACGGAGCUCACCUGGACUGUGUAAAGUUCUUGAUUAAUAUAGGUGUUGAGUUUGACUGCCUGAAGAGAGCAGAUUGGACUCCACUCAUGCUUGCUUGUACAAAACCUAACAUUGAUGUCAUUGACGUGCUUGUCACAGCUGGAGCCAGUUUGGUACAAUGCAACAAGGAUGGCUGGGACAGUUUCCAUGUUGCAGCAAGAGAAGGGCAUGUUAAUAUUUUAGAAUACUUACUAAAGAAGCUGAAGGAAUCUGGAUCCUGGUCAAGUAAGAGAUAUAGCAAAAAUGGACGUACUCCUCUACACACAGCAGCUCUGCAUGGUAAGACUGAAGCAGUGAAGUUUAUAGUGGACAACUGUGAUUAUGAGCCUGAUGUCUCUGACAGCUGUGGAGCAACACCAUUAAUGGAUGCUCUACGCAGUGGUCAGAUUCCUAUUGCUGAAUACCUCAUAACACACCAUCAGGCAUCAGUGCAUGCAUGUGAUAAACUUGGUCACCAACCAAUUCACUUGGCAGCUCAGACUGGUUGCAUUGAUUCAAUGGAUUACCUYAUAUCAAAACAUGAUGUUGAUCCACAAACCAGAACAGAGAAAACAUCCAUGACUCCUUUACACUUUGCAUCUAAGGAGGGCCAUUCACAUGUCAUAAAGUAUCUAGCGGGUUUAGGAGUUGACGUCAAUGCACAGGAUCAUCAAAAACGAACAGCUCUUCAUCUUGCAUCGGCAGCGGGACACCUUGAAAGUGUUAGUCUUCUUUUAGUAGAUAUAAAGGCUGAUGCUUCAAUACUUGAUACGAACGGCAAGACUGCGCUGGACCUCGCUAUAAAACCAUCUGUAAUGAAACUUUUAAAAWAAAAAAUUAUUAUUCAUGUUUUGAGUUUAGCUCUGGUCAUGACGGGAAUACCCCCGCUUCUCRGCCUCGAUUGUGUACACAGAUGUGGUUUUCUUUUAUUAGUUUCCAUUGUAUAG